CUGUUGUCCCUAAUCCCAGUCUCCACCCGGCUCCCCCGCCUGCUCGGUAUAGGCUGGCUGUGGAGACUCCCUUCCCCGGGGAGGCGGCCCGGCUGCCGCAGGUGACCCCUUUGCCCCCACCCCGGCUCCUGGCCAGAAGCUGGAGGGGGCUUGGCCAGCCAGGGGGAGAAACAACUCAGUUAUUCUUUCUAGCUCUGAAAUAGAAAAUGUCUGCAGACGAUGGAGGCAUCCUGGCUACCCAGGACAAGGAGAGAGCCCUGGAGGUUCCAGGGCACGGGCAUCCUUGCCAGGAAAUGCUUUCUGGGCUGGAGGAGACGGUACCUGUAGGAGCCGCUCGGGAGUUGCACAUUAAGUCGGAACCAGAAGAGCUACACCCGGAGGGGGCCUCACAGGAGGACGGGGCUCAAGGUGCAUGGGGCUGGGCACCCCUAAGUCAUGGCUCUAAGGAGAAAGCUCUCUUCCUGUCUGGCGGAGCCCUUCCCUCCCACCGGAUCCCUGCACUUUCCCGUGAGGGGAGGACCAGAGACCGACAGAUGGCUGCUGCGCUCCUCACUGCCUGGUCCCAGAUGCCAGUGACCUUUGAGGAUGUGGCUCUGUACCUCUCCCAGGAGGAGUGGGGACGGUUGGACCACACUCAACAGAACUUCUACAGAGAUGUCCUACAGAAGAGAAAUGGGCUGUCCUUGGGGUUUCCCUUCGGCAGGCCUUUCUCCCCCCAAGUGCAGGACAAGGGCGAGGCCGCGGGCUCCAGCGGGCAGACAGGAGACGGGAAGGAGGAGAAGCGGGGUGUGUGUGCAGCCUGCACAGACUGCGGCAAGCGCUUCGGCCGCAGCUCACACCUCAUCCAGCACCAGAUCAUCCACACGGGCGAGAAGCCCUACACCUGUCCCGCCUGCCGCAAGAGCUUCAGCCACCACUCCACGCUGAUCCAGCACCAGCGCAUCCACACCGGCGAGAAGCCCUACGUGUGCGACCGCUGCGCCAAGCGCUUCACGCGCCGCUCGGACCUGGUCACCCACCAGGGCACGCACACCGGCGCCAAGCCGCACAAGUGCCCGGCCUGCGGCAAGUGCUUCACGCAGAGCUCGGCGCUGGUCACGCACCAGCGCACGCACACGGGGGUCAAGCCCUACCCGUGCCCCGAGUGCGGCAAGUGCUUCAGCCAGCGCUCCAACCUCAUCGCCCACAACCGCACGCACACGGGCGAGAAGCCCUACCACUGCCUCGACUGCGGCAAGAGCUUCAGCCACAGCUCGCACCUCACCGCGCACCAGCGCACGCACCGCGGCGUGCGGCCCUAUGCGUGUGCGCUGUGCGGCAAAAGGAGCUCAGAGAGCACAAUAUCCAGGAGAAAAAGUUCCCUUUUUGUAGCAGAGUACAGGUUCCAAGGGCCCUGUGGACGGUGCCUGCAGGCCGCCCUCCUGCAGAUUGCUCCCUGGGCCUCGCUUCUUGGUCACUGGAGAGUCUCACCUGACUGGUUUACCAUCGACCUGCGCUACCAGGAGGACGGCCCCAGGUCCUUGCUGCGGGCGCUCAGGGCUCUGUUGGCGGUGCUGCGGGUCCGGGGCCGAGGCGACCCCUCCCAGCUGGCGACGGCGCCGCUGGCUUCCCGGCCUACCACCGAGAUGUGGAGCCUCCUUGCCGUCCCAGAGAGGACGCGGGUGGAGGGCCAGGGCCACUUCCGGUUUCGCCGGUCCUCGGCCGGCCCCGGUGACUGUCAGUCCGGCUGCCGUGCGAGGGGAGUCCUGCCCCCUGCGCCAGAGCCGGGCGGGACCCAGGAGCCUCCCGCCGGCGCUGUGACACCUGCUGAGGUCCGGAGCAGUGGCUGA